AUUGUGCGGCGCCGGUCCGCUCAGAGGGCGCCCGCUUCGGGGAGCGCCUUGGGCUCUCACCCUUGCCUCUCGAUCUCCUGCCCGGGGAGCCCGGCGGGCCCGGGACCCCCGCUCGUGCCGGUGCGGGCGCCGGCAUGUGGGUGUUGGAGGACCACGGGGGCCUCCUGGGUCCUUUCUCCUUCCUGUUGCUGCUGCUGCUGGUGGUGACGCGCAGCCCCUUCAAUGCCUGCCUCUUCACCAGCAGCCUCUACCUGCUGCUGCGCCUCUUCAGCUUCGAGCCAGUGCCCUCCCGCAGGGCCCUGCAGGUGCUCAAGCCCCGAGACCGCGUUGCCGCUAUCGCCCACCGCGGCGGCAGCCACGACGCGCCCGAGAACACGCUGGCGGCCAUUCGGCAGGCAGCUAAGAAUGGGGCUGCAGGCGUGGAGCUGGACAUUGAGUUUACAUCCGACGGGAUCCCUGUCCUGAUGCACGAUAACACGGUGGACAGGACGACCGACGGCACCGGCCGGCUGUGCGAUUUGACAUUUGAACAAAUUAGGAAACUCAAUCCUGCAGCGAAUCACAGGUUAAGGAAUGACUUCCCUGAUGAAAAGAUCCCCACCCUGAAGGAAGCCGUUGCAGAGUGCCUAAUCCAUAACCUCACAAUCUUCUUUGAUGUCAAAGGCCAUGCAAAUAUGGCUACUGAUGCCCUAAAGAAAAUUUAUAUGGAGUUUCCUCAACUAUACAAUAAGAGUAUAGUCUGCUCUUUCUUGCCAGAAGUUAUUUAUAAGAUGAGACAAAUAGAUCAGAAUGUCGUGACAGCUUUGACUCACAGACCGUGGAGCCUCAGCCACACAGGAGAUGGGAAACCACGCUAUGACUCUUUCUGGAAACACUCUGUAUUUGUGGUGUUGGACAUUUUGCUCGACUGGAGCCUGCAUAAUAUUUUGUGGUACCUGUGUGGAGUUUCAGCUUUUCUCAUGCAAAAGGAUUUUAUAUCCCCGGACUACUUGAAGAAAUGGUCAAGUAAAGGCAUUCACGUUGUUGCUUGGACUGUUAAUAGCUUUGAUGAAAAAAAGUACUACGAAACCCAUCUCGCGUCCAGCUAUAUUACUGACAGCUUGCUGGAAGACUGUGCAUCUCAGUUUUAACAUUCCCACAGGGAGGGAACGCAGUACAGACGCUUCCUGCCAGCUUCCUGCAGGGGCACGAACUCACCCUGUGUACUCGCCCCAGCCCUCAGGCCAGGGCACCAACUCACCCUCUGUACUGGCCGCAGCCCCGGGGCCAGGGACGCCAACUCACCCUGUGUACUGGCCCCAGCCCCGGGACCAGGGGCCCACACAAGCAAUAGGUGGUAGUUGCAUUUUUACAAGAACCCCAAGCCAGACCUGGGGCUGCCUCCAUGGAAUGCCUGCACUCCACUGUUGCUUCUGAAACCCUGGGUCUGCAGAAAGGCACAACAGCUCUGCCCCCGCCUGGCAGAGCACACCCCAGGGCCCAGCGGGGACAAGCACAGACUAAGUGGUGCUGUUUGGGGUGCAGAGGCAAAUGCAUGGGAGAUGCAUGAUCACUCUGUUGACAUUUUAAAAUUUGCCACACUUAUGGAAUUUGCUUAUUUAAAAUAUUUGUAUUCAGCUAUGUUAUCAAUGUACUGUAGUCAUCAAACUUGUGACCAUACUAAUAAAAUCAUUAAUAGGAGCACGAA